GUAUUGGCUGUUGGUUUGUCGAAACGCCAGUUUUGUGUUUAUGUUGUUAAUUUUGUCAAUUAAAUGGUCGUGUGUGAUAAUUUCCUGUGAAGCCGUUUCUCGAGUGGGGUUGAGGUACGAAUAGUUUGAAAAUCAAUACAUUCGCGUUCUUUUAUCGUUCCUGCUGCAUUCACACAGUUUUGGAUCUUUUCCAACUAGUGUAAGUCGGAAAAAUAAUAGAGACCGGUCGCCGCUUGAAUAAUAAAUCACAAUCAAAGCAUGGUUAUUCAUUAAUUUAUUUGCCUUGACAUUAUGUAGAUUCUUUAUUCAGCUAAGUUUGAGUGGAAUGAGUUGGUUAAUUAAUGGAAUGUCUCGAAAUCGGCGCCGAUUUAAUAAAAUAGUUUCGUUUGAAUAGUGGAAGUGUGCAUUGACCUACAAUUUUAAAAUGAAAACGUUGGCGCUUGUCUCGUGGAUGCUGCUUUUGACCCCUGAACCUUCUAUCCAACAAUGUUCAACUGAAAUCCAGAAGAACGGUUUACGAACGUUCACUUGUUAUCGCUGCCAAAACACGAACUUCGAGAAUUUCCUGUACGAUUUUUUUGACAACGUGGAUGCGAAUUCCACAUCGCAUCGCCACAACGAAAUCUACAACGUGGUCAUAACGAACUCACAUUUCGCAAACAUCCACUCGUUUGCUCUUCCGUUGCCGAAGAAGCACAAACUCAAGCAGUUUUCUCUCACGAAUUCGUCGGUGGAAGUGAUCGAAGACUACGCUUUUGAAGAAUUCGUCAACGUUACGCUUCUAGACUUGAGUAAGAACAAGCUCAGCGAGAUAUCUUUCGUCAGGACGUUACCGACACGUUUGGAAAUGCUACUCUUGAACGACAACAACUUCGAAUCCAUUAGAAACGUUUUCGAGAAUUUAGUGUCGCUGAAACAUCUGGAUUUGAGCAGCUGCAGACUUAGAACAAUCGAUCCUCACAGUUUCUCCACUUUUACGAAAGAAGUGUUUAUUAGCGUUAGAAAUAACAAUCUAACGUCGUUCGAUGUGGUUUUCGAAGACGGCGUAAGACUAGAAGCGGAUCUAAGUUUCAACAAAAUCAAACACAUUGACACCAGAACGAAACGAAUCUACUUCAGGAGUUUAAACGCCAGCUAUAACAACAUCCAGAGCAUCAGCGACAUAAGUUGUCAAGACUGCAACUAUCACUAUUACCGCAGAAACAUCAACGUUAUAGAUUUUUCCUUCAACGACCUAAACAACACCAACUUCUUGACUGCGCUCAGCGGCGUGAAAACAGAGUGUCUCAAUCUAUCAAACGCUAACAUCGACGAGAAGUUUGACUUCGAGACUUGUCAGAAGUAUGUGAAGAAGAAGCUCGAUUUGAGCAACAAUAACAUCAAGUUUGUCACUCCGAAGAUGUUCGGGGAGCAUUUUCACCUAGUCGUGUUGACUUUGUUUAAUUCGUCUAUAAUCAGCAUUAGUGAGAGAGGGUUCAGCGAUUGUUCAGUCAACGUCUUGAACAUCAGUUCGAACUGGAUGACGGAACUCAAAAAUCACACGUUUGAUAACUGUAGGAUAGCAAAACUUGAUAUUUCGGGGUGUCAUAUUGAUACAAUUGAAGCAGACGCUUUUUUGGGGUUGCAUUUAAGUCACACUUUGGAUUUAAGUCGCAACAGGAUAACGUACAUCCACGUGAACACCUUCCAGAAUUUAUCGAACGUUGACGUGAUAGAUUUGUCGUUUAAUUUUUUGAAGACAGUGGAAGAUGGUUGGUUUGUGGGGUGUCAAGAUUUGAAGAUUUUGGAUUUAUCAAAUUCGGGGGUCGAGGUUAUAAAAAGCGAAGCUUUUUCGGGUGACUUUCAACUGAGGGAAUUGCACUUGGAAAACAACCUUAUUAAGAGAAUCGAUUUUGAUACUAGGAGCGUGAUUGGAGUGAUGAACUUACAAAGCAACAAAUUUGAUACUUUGGAAUUUUCUUUUCUUUUAAGCUCGUCGGCGGUUGUUGUUUUGUUGAAGAACGACUGGUUGACUAGUCUAACCAACCAUUCAGUCGUUGAAACUAGCGUCGUCGAAGAAUUAGAUCUAUCAAACUCGAAGAUUAUCGAUAUCGAUGCUAACGCUUUUCGGGGAUUACGUUUUUUAAGACUUUUAGAUUUGUGUAACAAUCAACUUGUCACAAUCCACCCCAAGACGUUCUUUCCAGUGAAGAGACUCCAACGGUUGGAUUUAAGCGGGAAUCGCAUUAUCACAUUUUCACAAAAUGCUUUUUCUUUUGGUAAUCGGUUAGAAGAACUUGGCAUAUCUUUCGCAGACGCUACUAACUUAGCCCAGAAUACUUUCAUUACGUUGAACCACUUGAAAGUAAUGAACAUUUCAGAUACGAAGGCACUAUCAUUGGAAGGGAAUUGUUUCAAGGGUUUGAUACAUCUGGAAACCCUCAACCUCCACAACGUUGACAUUCUGAACAUCACCACUGGAGUGUUCAACGGCUUAAAUAAUCUUCAAAGCAACGACUUCAAAACUUUGUUCAGAAAUAUAAACAUCAUCAAAAGAGGCACUUUUGAGGGGAUGUCAAACCCCGACACUUUAGAUUUGAGUGGUUUGAAGAUAUUUUCCCUAGAAACAGAAGCCUUCAUCGGUCUCACCAACCUAAAGGAACUAUUUUUGCAAAACAAUCAACUUACAGCGAUCGUUAAUAGUACUUUCUCCGGCUUGAGUUGUCUGAAGACGCUCAACUUAUCGCACAAUAACAUUUAUAUUUUAGAAAUGAAGGCGUUCUUCGGCUUGGUUAAUCUAGAAGUGUUAUCAAUCAGCAACAACAAUCUAACCAAGCUAGCUCUAGGCACUUUCCAGGGAUUCCCGAAUCUAAGAGUGAUGAACUUGCACAGAAACAACGUCAAUAAACUUCUCACUGGCACUUUUUCGAAUUUGAAAAAAUUAGAGGACUUGGAUUUGUCGUACAACAAUAAAACGAAACUGAAGAUGCAGAACUUGAUGCCCUUGAUUGGGUUGAAACGCCUAGAUCUGACCGGAAACCACCUCAUAGCGAUAAGCCACAUGGACUUGAUUUGGUCUUUGAAGAAGUUGAAGUUAGUGGGAAUCAGCGGGAAUAAGUGGCAAUGCGACCACCUCGUCGAAAUGCUGAAAGCAUUUCGAAACUCAGACAUCGACUGGGUGGCCUCUGCAAACGUAACUUUCACACACGAUAACAUAAACGGAAUCAAGUGUUACAACAUUUGUACGAUUUUUUACUGUCCAGACGAAGCUGACGGCUUAUGGAAAAACGAAUCCACCACCAAACUACCUGGAUUUUAAUCGUAUUUUGUAACUGUUGUGUUAAUAAAGUUUUGAAUUCGA